GGAAACUCCUCUCGGCCACCUGCUCCCUCCUUCUGCUUUCUGAGAACCACUGCAUUUAUCCGUAUAUCAUAUCAUUGUUGCCAAAAAAAUGUCGUCCAGGCUAAAGAAGUCCAACAAGAUGGAACCUAUUAUUGAUCCCUCUUCCGACCCACUUUCUUCGGCUUUAGUGAUGCCGAAUAACUUAUCAUUGUCUCCUCCUGAUGUAGCUGUUGAUUUACGAUGCUGCAAACCUCAUGACUUGUCCCAAGACGUGUUACACGAUGUAUUUAUGAUUUUAAAAGAAAACAUGCAACCAUUGUACGACGUUUCCAGUUGGGGAUGGAACGACGAGAAAAAAUGGACAGAGGCCUUUUCUUCCAAGGCCUGGUUGAUUUUAUCUUACGCAUCUACUUCAUUGGCACUUCCAACAACAUUGUGCGGCUUUGUGAGUUUCCGUUUUGAGCGAGAAUGCAAGGACGCUGUAUUAUAUUGCUAUGAAAUCCAACUUCGCAAUGAAUUCAGAGGAUUGUCCAUUGGCCGCCACUUAAUUUCCGCCUUGACCCUUAUUGCCAACUGUUUCAAGAUGCGACGAAUUAUGUUAACGGUUUUCAAAUUUAAUACAAAGGCUUUGGAUUUCUUCUUUAAGUGCGGUUUCGAGAUUGACAAAUCAGAUCCUUCGCACUUUGACGGUAACCCCGUAGUGGACUAUCAUAUUCUGUCUAUGACUGUCCCUUGACAUAUGGUAACUACCACAGAUUUUCAUGUAUUUUCACCUUAUUUUUAAUUUUCUUGUUUUUGCUACACAGCUCUCUUUCCGUCGUGUUUACUAUGUGAUCUUGAUUUUCAUACGUGUUUGCUCCGAAGAAUAACUUGUUAGCAGUGCUAUAUGUCAGUGCUUCGCUAGCUUGAACCCAAGAGUGAUUGUACGCGGUUUAGGGUGCUGCAGAAGCGCUCAAACCCAUGCAUUGACCUGGACUCGAAAGAGACGUUUCAAUCUAUACACCGGUUUGUGACCCUGCUCUACUCCCUCUGGUUGCAUCUGAUUACGGCAUUUGAACAAAAUCGUACUGGAUCUCACGAUGACAACGAAAAUUCUCAAUUGAUAAUCCAAUACAUAUAGUGUGAAAAUCAACACGAUACAAAGCACAUGUGAGUGCAACUACUCAGGGGUUCUUCACAGUAGCUUCCAAAUCAGACAGUUCUCCACACACCAGGAAAGUCACCAGACGUCCGUUUCCUCCU